AUGUCGCUUCGUCUCGUCGGCCAGCGAUCCCUCUGCAUCUCCACGACGUCACGAUAUACACGGCCGCACCUCUGGUUAAGGCAUCUACCAAAGCUUGUUAUUUCUUCGUAUCUGAACUGCCGAAACAUACACUCGACGCGCUCCGCGUCUGACCGGUCAUUCACCAAUUUCCUGGCAGACGAUAACCCACCUGCCGUCCAGGUGUCCUCCAUCUCCGAGGCUGGUAUCCAGCUGAUAGACGGGCUCGUUAUACCUGGAGCCUGUAUCUUCCUCGAGGGGAAGGUCUUCUUGUGGGACGUACCGACCUCAAACCUUUCGUCCAGAAUGAAAGAACACAGAUGGCAGGACUGGAGUGAGGAGCGGUUUCAAUUAUUUGACACAGUCGUACCGCGACCAGAAAUUCUGCUGUUGGGCACUGGAAAGACAAUUGUCCAGCCUCCUCCUUUUGUUCGGGACCAUCUUACGAAACUAGGCAUUCAGCUCGAUGUCAUGGACACAAGAAACGCUUGCUCGACGUACAACUUGUUGGCAGAGGAAGGUCGUCGUGUCGCUGCUGCCUUGCUACCCAUGUCGCCCUAUUCCUGGCCGAAGAAGACCAUGGCUGAUGCCGUUCCUUCGUGA